AUGGAAGCUCUUGGCCAUAGCGUGGACUCCAACGUUCUCUGGCGAACCACAACCUUGAGGAAAAACGAGAUUGAAGUCUACUACCACGCCACUGGAAAGUGCUAUACGACCCAGACGAAAACAGAAGUUGCCACAGGUGUCAAUAAAAUUCUACAUCAAAUUUCAAACAAUGAUUACUAUGCGUCUUGCUGGGGCGCUGCGCUUUGGUCACGGCCCGUGGCAUGGACAUCUCAAGCUUCUUGGAUUGUGGUCCAAUGGAGAUGUUAG